AUGUCUUCCCGCCACCUGAGGAGCGCACAUCGGACUGGAAAGAGCGGGAGAAGAGCGGGAGCACGGCCCUGCACCUGUCGCAGCGCUCCAGAGUCCUUCCCGCUUCUGCGCCCGUCCGAUGCCACACCACAGACAAAAUGCCCCCUCUGCGCCAGUGAAUCCCUCCUGACAAGGGCAAGGAAAGCCGCCCGGGCUGCCGAGCAGAGCGCUGGCACGGGGCCACCGCGCAUCCUGGCACCUUGCUGCUUCUGGAGGGAGCCACAAAAGGAGAAAGGAGGAGGAAGCGACGUGCCUCAGCACAGCUCCAGACCCUGCCUGCGCGCACGCAGUACGGCCGCGAUUUCCCGAGCCGCCAGCCCGGCCCGGCGGGGCCUUCGCCGCGCUGGCAGCAGGCGGGCGGUGAACCGAGGCGGGACGCUCGCAGCGGCAGCACCACGGCUCCCCAGCCGAGCAGCACCGCAGCGCUCACCGCCCGCCCCCGCGCUCAGCCCUGGCAGCUCCCGCUCACCUUUCAGGGACCGUCUCAGCGCAUCUUCCUCCCUCUCUGUCUCUCCCCUCCUCCGUCCGUCCCGCAGCGCUGCCAGUGGCGGCCCAGAGCCCCCGGGCUCGGCGGAGCGGGGCGACCGGCACUACCCCUCCCUUAGCCGGCAGCAGCUCACACUGUCACCUCACCCCCACAUCCCGCCGGCGGCAGCUGCUGCUCCUAAAUUCACGGCGCUCCGGCGGCAUGAAGUCAUCCUCCCCGCCCCCUCCCCGGGCCGCCGCACUCCGCUCUCGCCGCGGAGGGGGAGACGGCCCCUCCGCCCGGCCUCUCGAGCCCCGCCGGACCCUGGCGCUCCACCUUCACUAGAGGGGCCGGCAUUCCCGCGGUUCUACACGCACCCCGCUCCCCGAAGAUCUGCGAGGGGUGGCACGGUCCCCCGGCGGCGCGGCUGCGGGUCGGGGGUCCCUCCCCUGGCACGGCGGCAGGAUGGGCCGCUCCGCCCCGGGCCAGCGUUUUCCCCUCGGGACUCCCCUCGGUGGGCCCGCUCGAACCGCCACCCCCGCGUCCGUCACCGAGGCUGCGCCGGCGUGCCCAGCCCGGCCGUACCGCGGUUAAUGAGGAUCAUUCUGCUCGAACACAACGGAUCAAAAUCUGGCCUUUGAUGCACACAGAUAUUUCCCAUUGAUUUCACUGAGCUCAUUGCAUCUGGAGCUUCAGGCUUAGCAGCCUAUUAAGGUAGCAUGGUGAGCGCAAAGCACAGAUAGAAAAGUUUACCCUGGUAAAGCAGGUGAAGCAUGAGCUGAAGAAAUCUGAGACUUGAAAGAAUCUGGACCAGUACAAUCAAGAAGUGAAAAAAUCUCAGUCCAUCGGGAAGGAGAUCCUGGGUCAUCUCAAUUUCCUGACUACAUGGAAGGUUAAAUACAGCUCUUCAGCAGACAUACCCUCUGUUUUUUGAUUCCUUAGGGAGACUUUCUAUUGACUAUAAUAUUGAGUUGAUUCAAAUAUAAGCACCAAAACUGGCAACACAUCUUUCACAGAAAACAGCAAAUGCUUAUCAUCACAUCUUGUAGCUUAAAGCUUUCAAGCAUUUCUGUUACCUUAUUCUGCAGCUAUUUGGGUGAAUCUGAUUUACUGACUGUGUCAAGACAGCACGACUUCUUUUCAUCUGUCACUUUGGAGUCUGUUUGGUGGGCUCUACCAACCAAGGAAAUGCAUUUGGGCAGACUGUGAAGUUAAGCUGAAUGUGACCUAGUCAGUACACACCAAAUGGAAUGGCUUUCAUAGUUCAUAGAGGUAGACACAAUUUGUCCUACAUCCUUAUAUUGCAUCAUCAUUUCUAGUUCAUUUAAUUUGUAUGUCUGUGUGUGCCCUUUUGUACCUGUAUACAUGUAUUGAUUCUGCAUACACAAUUACUUUCACUUUUCUUGUAUAAAUGCACUAAAAGUAUCAAGCUGUAUUUUAGAUGUUUAGUACUGUAAAAAAUUAUAAAUUAAAAAAUGAAGAUUUAAAGUUGUCUGUAAUUACAUCCUCUUUCCUUGUGCAUGUCCAUCAUUUAAAUAAAUAUUUAUAUAUAACUA